AUGAUAGGAAUAGAGAAAAUCGAAAAGAUUAGCAACUCCGAUGUUAAGGCGCUCUUUGUAAACGAUGAGAUGAUUAUAACAGGAGGACGGGAGGGAGUGAUAAGAAUCUAUGGCUAUGAACUUGGUUGUUGGGCAGAAAUUAAGCCUGGGCAGGGAUAUAUCAAUUGUAUCACGACUGGAAACGGAUUUUUAUUUGUCGGAUGCCAGAACGGGUGUAUAGUUAUGUAUUCUAUGGAUGAACUGGGGGCCCAGAAAGAAGAACAGAAGGUUGAGCCUAUGAGAUUGAUAAAGGAGCAUUCCUCCAACGUGUGCUGUUUAGAUACAGUAGGGGAUCUUGUUGUUUCUAGUUCAUGGGAUUGCUCAGCCAUUAUCUGGACUACAAAGCAUAUACUUAACGGGAACGUAACUAUAGUACAGAAGAUACCACAUCCUGCAGUUGUCUGGAGUGCUAAGUUUGUCAAUGAAAACACAGUUGUAACAGGUUGUAGCGACAAGUUGGUAAGAGUUUUUAAGAAUGGGACUCUGGCUUGUACGUUUAACUAUAACCUUUCAUAUGUCCGAGGAGUUGCUCUUUUACAUAAAAGCAUUAUUUCUGUCGACAAUGAAGGGAUGAUUCUCAAGAUAUCAUUGGACGGAAGGAUUUUAAAGCAUUACUCUGCAAAAGACUUUAUGUAUACUAUAUCUUCCUGUACAAACGGAGAUAGUGACCUGAUUAUAUGUGCAGGAGAGAAUGGAAAAGUUGUAAUACUUAAUGAAGAUCUUAAGCUAGUUCAGGAGAUACUAGUGCCUACAACAUCAUGCUGGGCUGUCCUUGGAUGGAAAGGUAGAGUAUAUGUUGGGGGAAGUGAUGGAAGGCUGUAUGUGUACUCUUCAGAUAUCUCUGACGAGGCCUCUAGGAUUCUAGAAGAGAUUAGAAAUAGCAAAGAAGCGCCAUUAAAAGAUGGAGAGUUUAUAUCAGAUGGACAGAAGUUCCGGGUGACUGAUGGAUCUGUAUAUCAAGAGAUUAAUGGAGAAUGGGUUUUUCUCGGUAAGGGAGAAGGAAUCAAACCUCACGACAACACAUUCCAGGUUGAGCUAGAAAACAAGUAUUAUACCCUUUCAUUCAACAAUGAUGAAAAUGUUUAUGAAGUUGCCGAGAAGUUCCUAAGUAAAAAUAAGCUUCGGGAUGAGUUCCGAGAUGAUAUCGUCGAUUUCAUCAAGAAGAAUUUUACUUCGGCCAGAGAGUUUAAAACGUAUUCAAGAAUUAAUGUAGAAGGUAUCAAGAAUAUGUUGAACAGAGUCAAAGACGAUCAUGGGUAUCUGUAUCCAUAUAUUCUUGAUAACCUUGAAAGGCCGAAGAUAGCCGACAAUGGCAAGGUUGAGGAAGAGAUAGAAAAGCUGAUUGAGAACGGCCUAAUGUUUAUGGCAUUGGACCUUAUAAGAUACUUUAUGGUCCAUAAAUACAGCUUUGACCUCUCUUUUCUACCUACAUUUACUCCCCAGGAUAAAAAGGAAGCCAUUACAUUUGUAAGGCUUCUCAGCAAUCUGUUUAUAGAUCCUCCCUUUAAUCUAGAGAUGUUCCACAGCCGUGUUUUAGAACUAAAGGAUCGUGGGGUUGUUGAUGGGGAAGUUCUGGACGAUUAUUUUGUAAACAGAAGUUUAAGAAACAGGGCAUGA